AUGAGCAGCAAAAAUCAUUAUAAUUAUGGCACGAUCCAACAACAACAGUAUCCUAAAAAAAAUACGAUAAUUACAGAUGAGGCAGAUGACAAUGAUUCACUUAAUAUUAUUGCUGAACAAUUGCCAUCCAUUAAAACACCAGAAUCACCGCCACCACCAAUUCAUUACACUUAUGAAAGAUUGAUCGCAGAAUGGACGCUAAGCAAAUUAGCACUUCCGGAAAGUGAAUCGAAAGAAGCUUCAUUUUCAUAUGACCCGUACGAAUUUACAGACCUGAAGAUUAAUUCUUUAGGGAAAUUAUAUGUAAAUAAGAAACGAGAAGUUCACAUAUUUCAGCGUAGUGAUAACUCGACAAAGAUAAACAUAGAUGUUCGAAUAAAUUCACUUAAUCCCUCGGGUGUAGAUAUUAGAUUCGAGGAAGAAGGAUUUACGAAAACAUUAACUGCGGUUCAAGAUUAUUAUCCAUUAUUUCCAGAUUGGGGUUUUGUCGGAUCACCUAGUUGCGGCGCAGCUCUUGUAAAUAUUCGCCUGCCGAAAAAGUUUGCAAAUCCAUCGACAAUAAAUACGAAUUUUGAUCUUGACGGGUACGAUGCUUUCUUGUUUCCUAAUAAAUUUCCAAUAGAGCAUGCGACAUUUAAAGUAAAUGCGAACGAUGGAUUUAUCUUUCUUGAUGGUCUUCGUCUAAAGAAGUUUUCUAUUUGGGGAAGUAUUGGCGGCCCGAAUGUUAAAGCGAUACGUGUCAAUAGGCUUCUUGUUAAUGGCCUCGAAAAUAACCUUCAAGUUUGGAUCUCGUCAAUUCCUUUAGAAUUCGAACGUGCUUUAUUCCCUCUUAAAAAAAUUACUUUACAAUUAAGAAAUACUUUCUCGGGAAAAUAUGACUUACGAGCCGAAGGAUAUGUAUAUGCAUUCGGCGGCAACCGAACAAAAAUAAUUGACCAAUACGACCGGCAAGUUGGAUAUGUAGAUGAGGGCGGCAGGGAAUCUCAGUUGAUAGUUACAGCAGGAGGUGGCGAUUUGGAAGUACAAUUUUAA